CUCGACACAAUUUCGUAAUUCGUACUGGAAUUAAGGUCAUGAAUACAUUAGUAUAAAUUUGAAAUCCAUGUGUCUUCAGUAAAAGGCAAGAUGUUAUUUAGAAUUAUUUUUGUAUCGUUAACCACAUUUCUUGUAAAAGGAGAUGAUAAUCACUUGGCGCUUGAGAAUACAGCAUGUGACCUGAAGGCAAGGAAUGCAUCGUGUGUUGCUGGUUUUUGCUGUGUCCGGGACGAGUUCCUGUACACCGAGACACUCUGCAGACCUCUAGGAAAAGCGGGAGAUGCCUGUUCAACCAAACUGACAGAAUUUGAAUGCCCGUGCGAGCCAGGUUUUCGAUGCGCAAGCAAUAUUCACGGACACGUGACUUCGCUUUUUGGAAAAUGUUACCCUAUACCCGGACAAACUACAGAUGGCUCUCCAACUUUUGUUACAUCUGACAUUCCGGAUAAUGACAUGACUACAGCUGAUAAUAACUGGAAUCACAUUGAUACAACAGUCGCAGAUUCCACGAAAGAAACUACUGAAGGUACCACAAUAUAUGACAAACAAACAAAACCCGUUCAACAUGACGGAGACGCGAUAAUUGGAUAAACGAAAGUUUCAAAUGCGGAUAUUACCAGGAUUUUUCUUUUCGCACAGUUUGAUCUAAACUUUGUUGUUUCACCUCUGUUUCAAGUGUUUAUGAUUGAUUAUAUCGUACGUGUUUUCAACUAGUCUCAAAUACAAUUUUUGUUUCACAUCGUCA